UUCUGGCGGCCGGAGCGAAGUGGGCCGGGCCGAACCAGACCAGACCGGACCGCGGGGGGCGAUGCGGCUGCUGCCCCUGCUGCAGGCUGUCCUCUGGGCCGCGCUGCUCGGCAUCCCCGCUGCCCGGGGGCUCCGGCCUCCGCCACGACUUCUAUCCUUAACCUCUGCACCUGGGAGCCUGUUGCUCAUUUAUUGCUCGCACUCUCUUUGUCCCUCGGAAGUUGUCAGUCUGGAGAACUCCGGCCUCUCCAGACGGCAGGGCAGGGGCUGGCAGAGACCCUUGGAAAGGAUGUCCCUGACCCCUGUGCCCCACCGUGACCCCCUCAGCCCACGCCUGCCUUGUGUCUGCAGGCUGCUUCGGGGAGACGCUGUGGUGGAGCUGGGCCUCAACGACUACCUGGACAUCUUCUGCCCUCACUAUGAGGGCCCGGGGCCCCCCGAGGGCCCUGAGACGUUCGCUCUGUACAUGGUGGACUGGUCGGGCUAUGAGGCCUGCCAGGCACAAGGGCCAGGCGCCUUCAAACGCUGGGAGUGCUCCCUCCCCUUCGCUCCCUUUGGCCCUGUUAAAUUCUCGGAGAAGAUUCAGCGCUUCACACCCUUCUCCCUGGGCUUCGAAUUUUUGCCUGGAGAGACCUACUACUACAUCUCGGUGCCGACGCCCGGGAGUUCUGGCCAGUGUUUGAGGCUCCAGGUGUCUGUCUGCUGCAAGGAGAGCAAGCCUGAGUCAGCUCAUCCUGUUGGGAGCCCUGGAGAGAGUGGCACAUCGGGGUGGCAAGGCGGGGGCACGCCCAGCCCCCUCUGCCUCUUGCCGCUGCUGCUGCUCCCAAUCCUUCGUCUCCUGCGAGUUCUCUGAGCCAAGUGGACCCUUCCUGCCACCCCAGGAGCCAGAGCCCCCCCAAGACGCCCUGGAGGAGGAGCCCCUGCCGCCCGAGCUAGGAGCGCCACGCCCGACAGACAAGGUGGAGGCGUGAGGAGGGAAGCCAGAGGGUCCGAGGUGACCCCUGCAUGCUGGCCCCCUCGUCCCA